UAUACUGCCAGUAUAGUAAGGCGCCUUGGUCACUUACACUCUCAUAUUUUUAGUGUGGUGUCCUCUUGUUUUUGCAUUGGAUAUGAUCUGCAAGCUUGUGGUUGUGGUUGGGGUGUACGUCCUUCUUCAGGGUGCUGAAGGCACAAGCCGAGGGGGGAGGACGGUGACUUUCCACCGGACUCAGCAGGAUGACAGCCAGGGCCAAGCGCGCCCUAGGAGGGAGAGCAGCCCCCCCAAGCCCAUUCACAGUCCUACCUUCACCUCCUGCCGGACCCCCCUAACACCAGCCGAGCACAAGGUCCUGGAUGACAAUACACAUGAGACAGGGUUUAACGGUGAUGAUGGCUCCCAUGUGAUCCUCACAUGGGUGGGUGAUGGCACUGGAGUCAUCCUGGUGCUGUCAACAUUUAGUGCUCCGAUAGAUUCUUUCAUAGAAGGAGGCUCCUCAAGACUUUAUCGAAGCACGGAUUACGGGAAAUCCUUCCAUGACAUUUCCCAUCAGAUCAACAACACCUUCAUAAGGGAGGAGUUUGGAGUCAGUGUUGGACCAGGGAGCUCUGUGAUAUUGAUAGCGGACAUACCGUUGGACAACAGAGGCGGGAUCAUCUUCACCUCCACGGAUGCCGGUGCGACCUUCAAGUUCAUCCAACUGCCAUUCCACCUGGCUCAGCCAAUCACGUACCACUUCCUUAACCCUGAUUACCUUGUGGCCCUCAGCAUUGAUGACGGUCUGUGGCUCUCUCUGGACUUUGGUGCCAAGUGGACAAAAGUUCAUGAUGAGGUGUUUUCUUUCUCAUGGGGUGCUGGCGUUAAUUUGUUCUUCAGCUGCAGCCGAACAGACACAUUUAAGGCAGAUGAGAGGGGGGAUUUAGUGCUGAAGAGGACAAAAGAUCUGGGGAACACCUUCACCACAAUCCACGAGGACAUCUACAGUUUUGGCUACAUAGGAGCCUUUCUCUUCUUCUCUGUGAUAAGUAGUUCGAGAUCCCCUCGUGUCAUGUAUUUCUCAUCAGACCAAGGAGACACCUUCAGUCGAGCGCUGCUCCCUUCUGCCUCCACUGAGCAGUUCUACUCCAUCUUGGAUGGAGAUGAAGAUAUGCUCUUCAUGCAUGUGGACAACCCAGGAGACACUUUCUUUGGGACCAUGUACACGUCAGAUGACCGUGGCAUCCUUUUCUCCAAAUCACUUGAGCGCCAUCUCUUUGAUGGGCAGCGGAAGAGCGACUUCACCAACAUAACUUCACUGAGAGGAGUGUACCUCACGAACAAACUAGACGAAGAUGGCUGUAUACGAUCUGUCAUUUCCUUUAACAGAGGAGGGACGUGGAGGCAACUUAACAAACCUGAGAAUCUGGAAUGUGGAGAACACGUCAAGAAUUGCAACCUUCACAUUCAUGGAGAACACAGUCGCAACAACCGCAUCGUUCCCAUGCUGGCUCUGUCUGAGCCAACUGCUAUUGGUCUGGUUAUCGCCCAUGGUACUGUAGGUGACUGUCUGUCAUCAUCACAGCACCCAGAUGUGUUUGUCUCCUCAGACGGGGGUUAUAGCUGGAGGGGGACACUGAGGGGUACUCACCACUACAGCAUAUUGGACUCUGGGGGUCUCAUUGUGGCUGUGGAGGCCCAGCAUGAAGGACAAGUGAAGACUAUCAAGUUCUCCACAGACGAGGGCCAGUGCUGGAAAUCCUACAACUUUACCGAGCAGCCCUUCUUCUUUGCAGGCCUGGCAUCCGAGCCGGGGACCAAGGCCAUGAGUGUCAGUGUGUGGGGCUUCCGGCCUGAGGAAGACGGUCAGCCCAUGUGGGUGGCCGUCACCAUUGAUUUCCAGAGCCUCAUUACAAGAGAAUGUAAUGACCAGGACUAUGAAGAGUGGUUGGCUCACUCUACAAAUGGAGGAGACCUGGAGAGAAAUGGCUGCAUCUUGGGUGUCAAAGAGACUUAUAGGAG